GUCACUAAAAAAAAUAAACAGAAUAUUUUAAUAAUCACCUAUUCGUUUCUUAUUAAAAUAAUUCACUUUUUUAAUAAUGGCGUCAUUAUCCGGCGUCCGCGUAAAUCUUUUCAACGAAAAUUUCCUCAAUGAGUCUGAGCAAGAUGCCAAUUCCGUGCUCACCGAAUUGGAUAAAGGUUUGCGUUCAACUAAGUUGGGUGUCCAAUGUGAGGCGAUUGUACGCUUUCCACGGCUCUUCGAAAAGUAUCCCUUCCCAAUAUUGAUAAAUUCAUCGUUCUUGAAAUUAGCAGAAUUCUUUUGGAAUGGUUCAAAUCUGUUGCGCUUCUGGGUGUUGCGCGUUUGCCAACAAAGUGAAAAUCAUCUGGAUAAAAUUCUAAACAUCGAUGCCUUCGUUAAGCGCAUAUUCAUGGUAAUACACUCAAAUGAUCCUGUGGCACGUGCAUUAACUUUGCGUACAUUGGGCGCUGUGUCACGCGUUAUUCCCGAGAAACAACAAGUGCACCAUGCCAUACGACGAGCACUUGAUAGUCACGAUACCGUAGAAGUGGAAGCAGCAAUCUAUGCAAGUGGGCAAUUUGCGGCACAAUCUCGCUCCUUUGCAAUUAGCAUGUGUGCCAAAAUUUCUGAUAUGAUUGAAUCACUACAAAUACCAGUGCCUAUGAAGCUGCAGCUCAUACCAGUAUUAAGGCACAUGCAUCACGACUCGAACACUUCAACGCUAGUGAAAGAUCUUUGUCUAAAUUUGUUACCAAAAUACCCGGCUGAAAGCUUUGUUGUUGCUAUUCUUGAUUCACUCACACAACUCUCAGCGCGUACACUAACUGGUGUACCGGACCAAGUAAAACUGUUGUUGGACUUUCUGCAAGAUAAACGAAAACCUGUACGGGCGCAGGUGUUGAAAUCACUUACGCAGCUAGCUGAUCCUCAAUGUGUUCAUGCCUGGCCAAAGAAGGCUAUGAGCGAACUUAUAGCAAAAGCGCAGGCUUGUGAGGAUUCCCGCGAACAAUAUCUCUAUUUAAAUAUUUUGCUUAAACUGUGCGAUUGCCCUCUAACAUGUCAUGUGUUGUUGCAUGAGCAGCAAGAAUCUGUAACGGAGCUUUGUCUAACGUGCAUUUGCUUAGAUGAUUAUGCCACAGCCAGUCAAGCGAUGUCAAUCUUAGCCGCGCUUAUGACUUAUUCUGGCGGCGAUAAGGAGAUUACAUCCACUAUUAUUGAUAUUAUAAACAUGCAUAUGGAGGGUCUAAUUUUCUGUAUGGUUGGUGAUAAGGAAAAUGAACUCGUAUUGAAAAAACUACUCUGUUGUGGCAUCAAAAUAAGCAGCGUUAAUCCUGAAUUCGGCACCGAUUUCGUAAAUAUGUUAGCUGACUUGAUUACUGAAGAAAUAGAAUACCCGCCACGCAACGUAGAGAUGAUGUGCGAUGCGUUGGGAGCUUUAGGUUCACAUUUCCAAUUGCGUAAGUUCGCAGAUACCGGUUUAACCGACGUCGAACCAAUGGACGUUGAUACAAUGAUGCCCUCAACUUCGGCGCAAGCUGCGCUGGCAGCGCAAAAGAAAGUUGCAGAGUCGCCCUCGGAGACACCUGAUGAUGAUGAGGUCUCAUCUAAAGGCCCAACGGCCAAUCCAGUACUUAACCGAUUGCUAUUCAUAUUACAUAAAUUAAAUGCAAUAAUGGAAGCUGGUGCGAAUGCAGACCAAUUACAUACAGUAGAAAUCUUAGCUUCUGUCGCAUUGCAGUCAAUGCUCGGCUGCUUCAUACCCAAAGAGGUGAUUGAAUGUUUUGAACGUUGCUGCAGCAAAAUUAAUUGUUGGAAUCAAUAUCGCAUCGCACGAUCUGCAAGUCGUUACGGACAACAUUAUCUAGCCGCACAUAUAUUUUCCAAAAUAUCACAGCUCACAGUAGUAGACAAACUACAUUUCUUUCUGAUGGGACUAGCACAAAUGGGAAAGGCUGAAUGUAUACUGAACUAUGGAGUAGAGUACGAAUUUAUGCGCGACAAUUAUGAGCUAUGUGAACCUUCUAUGUCAAACGUCACACCAGAAGAAUCAUCGGCAGCAGCUGCACCUGUGCUAAAACAAAUGCCACUAAUGCAGCGUUUAGAGUCUGCAAUCAAUUUGUAUUGGCAGGCGCUCGCAAGCCUCCGUGCCAGUUCGUCGCCUGCUAAUCCGCUUACAUUUCAGCUAGAGUACCUGAAGUUACGCGCACAAUUUUUACAGACCCUCUACAUGGCCGUAACGGUAAAAAAUGCGCAAAUAAUUGUACCACCGCCAGCGAUUGCGGGAAGCUUGGCUCAGAACUCACGUGACAACUUGCUGAAAUUCGGACAUGUAACUAAUCAAUUGCGUAAACUGGUAAAAGCUUUGAAGAGCUGCGAAGAAUCCUAUUCACGGCUCUACAAAUCUGCUUUCGAUGCGGAUCCUAUAACAUUGGAAUUUUUAGAAAUAGCCGAAUAUCAAUGUGCUUUGUUCGCACACAUUGUUGAAACAAUUAGUUAUGCGACGCCCGCGGACCCGCCUGCAUUCUUGACAACUGGCCAAUGUCCAGAAACACGCUAUUUCGCCGCUUGUUGCCACCGCAUGGAACAAAUGCAACGAGAUUUGCCAAAAGAACCAUCUAAUGCGAAGACAAUAAGUAAUCGUCAUUUGGAAAUUAUUCUCUCCGAAAUUGAAGUGAUAACAAAAACUCCCCUCUGUCUACCACGUUAUUUCUUCCAAGUUCUACAAUCAACGCAAAUCAAACUUUCUGUUAGUCCACAGCCUCGCAGCCCUGGCGAACCUGUGCUGGUACAAUCUGGCAGCAAUUUAGUUAUAAAAGUUGAAGGUGUUAUUCAACAUUAUGGUAAAAGAAGAUCUAUGUAUCGCAGUGUGGACGCAGUCCAGUUGUCAUUGACGUCUCAACUUGUGACACCUCGUCCAGCUAAUGAAACACCUAAAUCCACCACAACCGAUACAGUAACACUCACACAGACAGUUAAACCACAGCGUGACUUUUUGACUGGCAGCUUUCUUUUGCCGAUCUCAAGUGGUGGUCAGUGGCAGGUUACUUUGGAGACUUAUGUCAUUGACGAAAAUGGCAUAACUUGGUGCACCGGGCCAAAAAAUUCAAUGUUGGUGCGAUUGUUAGAGGAUCCAGCAAAGGCAGCAGCGCCUACACCAUCCACUUCAGCGCAGGCUGGGCAAACACGAAGAUUUUAGAUGAAUUGUUCAAAUUCGUCAUGUGAUUUUGAUGCGAAUGACCGAAAACAACUCUUCAAUCUUUCAAGUGCUGAAAUGCCUUUGGAAGUAAUUUAUAUAAACCUUUUACUAGUUUAGUGUAAAAACUUUAAAAUAU